AUGUCUAAAGCGACGCACACGCACGGUCUGAUGAAGGACCCGGAUCUCCCUGUCACCGCCGAUGGGGUCACAUACCACCUGAACUGCAAAUCUGAUCAGCUGGCAGACCGCAUCCUUUUGGUUGGCGACCCUGGCCGCGUGGAUACCGUGGCGGCGUGCUUUGAUGCGGGCAGUGUACGGUUCCGCAGCGAGAACCGUGAAAUAUUUAUUGCCACCGGCACGUACAAGGGCACGCCCGUCUCCGUUUUGAGUACGGGGAUGGGAACUGACAACGUGGAGAUUGUCAUCAACGAGAUCCAUCUGCUGAAGGAGUAUGACUUUGAGCGCUGUUCGUGGCGCCCACGUGUGGGCGAUGCGGAUGUACCGCCAGGCGCCAAGGUGUUUGAUCCAUCGUCCGUAAAAAUGAUUCGUGUCGGUACCUGCGGCUCACCGUUUCCUGACAUGCCGCUCGCAGCCCUCGCCAUCACGCGCCAUGUCAUUGGUAUGGACAAUACAUGCCUGUACUACAAGGUCAAGGAACAGAUGCAGAAGUCUAAGGAUCUGCAGGAGGUGCAGCGUGUGGUGAAGGAGCAAACCAGCCUUGGUGCCAUCGACGUGUAUGCCACAAAGGCACAUCCCGCCAUAACGAAUGGUAUUGUGGCUGCGUGUAAGGCGUUCAAUGAUAAUCUGCCGGCUGGGGCAACGGAGCAGCUGUAUGUUGUUGGUGCAACCGCAACCGCGAGUGGUUUUUACGCCUGUCAGGGGCGUGCUGUUGGUCGCUUCCGCGAGCACCUCCUGGUGCCAAAGUUGGUGGAGGAGCUCUCGAAAGUCCAGUUUGACGUGAGUGAGGGGAAGGAAAUUGUGGCCAACAUUGAGAUGGAGACGAGCGCGGUGUGCUUCCUCUCCCAUCUGCUUGGGUACCAGGCGGGGUCGAUGUGCGUUGUUGUGGCGAAGCGCGCCGGCGCAGAGCAUCUUUUUACGACCUCGGAGCAGUCAGGCCAGGCGCUCAAAAACGCCAUUCAAAUCGCCCUGGAGGCCAUUGUUGCCGUGGGGUAA